ACAAGGGGGGCUUUUAUUCUGUAGAUAAUGGAGGACAGGGUUUGUUGUUGCAGUUCAUUGUUACUAAAAUUAUUAUUUGCAGGGUUUAGACAUUUUCUAUUAAUUUAGGAAUAAAGUCUACAGACUGGGAGUGUUUUGUGUAUUAUUUAGCAGCGUUUAAUUGCGCUGAGGAGCAAACAGCUAGCGUUAACUAGCUAUAUCUAUCUUUAAUACGUACUGUGCGGCGGUGAGACCUGAGAGCAGUAGGUUAACGUUAGCUAGGCGGGUACAGAGGGAAGAUGCCGCUGGGAGUGAAGCCGAGCUGCGCGGUCUGCAAAACCAACUCCUCUUCUAUGUGGAAAAAAGGAAACCAGGGAGAAAUCCUGUGUAAUAACUGCACUUCUAAAAGCAGUGUUGCUGGAGGACCCGGGCUCUCCGUCUCUUCCACCACUCAGCAGAAUAAUGGCGGAGGAAAACAGUCUAAGCAAGAGAUCCACAGAAGAUCAGCACGACUGAGAAGUACUAAGUACAAGGCACCUGCAUCUGAGAAGAAAGUCUCAACUAAGGGAAAAGGAAGGCGGCACAUUUUUAAACUAAAGAAUCCUAUCAAAGCUCCAGAGUCUGUAUCCACAAUUAUUACGUCAGAGUCAAUCUUCUACAAGGGUGUUUAUUAUCAAAUAGGAGAUGUAAUAAAGGUAACAGAUGAAGAGGACGGUAAACCGUAUUUUGCACAGAUUCGUGGGUUUGUUCAGGACCAGUACUGUGAAAAGAGUGCCGCACUAACCUGGCUAAUCCCCACUCAGUCUAGUCCAAGAGAUCAGUUUGAUCCAGGCUCUUACAUUGUUGGUCCAGAAGAGGACUUACCAAGGAAAAUGGAGUAUCUUGAAUUUGUCUGCCAUGCUCCAUCAGAAUACUUUAAGUCAAGGAGUUGUCCUUUUCCAACAAUACCCAUUCGCCCAGAGAAAGGCUACAUAUGGACCCAUAUUGGACCUACACCUGCUGUUACAGUCAAGGAAACAGUUAGCUGCAGUUAACUGUUUUGUUCAGCCUUGUAACCUGAGACCAAUAUUCAAAUACGGAAUAGAAGAAAAGAUUAAUCAACGAUUCGCAACCAGGCAAAAUGAUGGACAUUUUUACGAUCAUCGUGAAUUGAGUGUGAAUUUCCACACCACUGCCAGAAACGAAUGCUAACAACUCUACUCUGCUAUACAACAAAGCAGAUGUCCAGUUGCUUGGUACUGUAAAAUGACAGUAGAGAGUGGAACCCUGUUGUCUCUGGGGACAGAAGACUUGAUACUUAAUUGAAGUAUUAAACAGUUGGAACAGUAUCUCUGUGCAGACUAUCUUGAUGAAAACAAUAAUUUGUAAAUAUUGUAAUGGACAUAUGUUUGUUAACAAAAAUAAUAAAAAAUAUGAAUAAAAUAUAAUGUGUCUGAGAUCAGUGAAUGAUCUGUUAAUAGUAAGGUUAUCAUUUUUGUGGAAAAAAAGUAUUGGGACACCUGUAACUUUAUGUACUGUAAAAAUUUGAUUGCAUUUAUGCACAAGAGCAUUGGUGAGGUCAGAAAGUUUGAUGAUCACUGCCCCACCUCAUCCUCAAUCCCCCCCCAAAAGUACUUCCUGGAGCACAAUCAUUCAUGCUCCACAGCUUAAGAUAAGAGGGGGGGGCUUAUUAUACCCCUUUAGCCCACACUUGGCACUAGGUGCCUGUAGGUUCAAGUUUAUUUGUUCCUGUAAGAAUACACAGUAUUUACAUCCAUCACCCCCCCCCCCCCCCCUUAAAUGUCUUAAGGACUCAAAAUUAAUUAAACAAAGUGUUUUUCCUCAGUUAGUGACAAGAUAUUGUAUUAAGUUUUCUUGUCAGUUGUGUUGUCUGUUUUUGUACAUCACCAAGUUUAUUUGUUUCUUAGUAGAGCUCUUUUCUUGUUUGUUUCUUAAAGGUAUCCAUAUUCAGGUUCCUCACGCAGUUUAUUUUCCAGAGCCUCUGAACUUCAUAGCUUUCUGAGUCAACCCAACCUAACGACAGGGUUCAACAGAGUUCAACACUGAUCUCCAGCUGAGUUCUGAAGCAGCUGUGAACUAUGAAAAACAAACUGGGAAGAGAGCUGCCUCACUUUACGUUGCUGAACUCGUUGCUUUACAGCUUUAGGAAUUUUAAGCUAACCAGGCUUUUUAAUAUAUAUAUUUUUUACAGUACUCUGUUCAAACAUGGGUUAUUUACUAAAUGCUGUAUAGAACCAUGAUAAAUAAUAAAAACAUUUGAGUGAUUAAAUGGUUCUUUUUUUAAUGAUAUUUAGUCAGUAUUUAUUUAAAAUAUUUUCUUAGACUCCUAAAACUAAAAAAUGUUUGUUUUUUUACAUACCUGUAAAAUCAAUUUAAUUGUAAUGUAAUUUUCUUGGUGUUAUGAGUUUACUUACAUAACCUCCAUCUCUCAAUACUGUACUGUUCAAGUGAAGAUCAAAGAUUUCUAAAUAUGUUAAAGGGGUAAGGGUUUUGGGUUGCCGCAUGCCUGUACAAGGAAAUACCCCUUUCUCCCCAAAAAGAACCGUGCUUUGUUUUAACACCAUAAAAAACAUUUCCAUUAUUUUUUUUACCAGUCAUCCCUUUCUGUUUAGUCUUUUUUAAGCAUGUUGUUUAAUCAUGUUCUAACUAGUUCUAAGUGUAACAGGGGGAAAUGCCCUGGUAAGUGUAAACAGACAUGGGCAAAUCCAGUAGUGCAGGUUUAUUUUAGUUAGAUCUUAAUCACUUAACGUUUCUUUUCCAUGCAGGUUUGGCUUUUAUGUGUUAAUUAUCAGAUCUGUUUCAGUUUCUCAAACACCAUAAGAAAAAGCAUCAUCACUAACACUGUUAUCAUUAAUUAUUAUUAUUAGAUUGGAUUAUUUAUCUAUUAGUUAAUGUUGCUGAAGCUGCCUGGGGAGACGCUCUAAUGAGCUCUAACGUGUUUCUGUUUCUCUGGUGGGAGGGGCAGAGCUCCGAGCGCGUUUAACCACCCGUAUUCCGCUAAACCCCGCCCUCAGCACCAGCACUGGUCUGAUUGUCGCCUGCCUGUGCUGUGAUUGGCUAGCAGCUAAAUUUUACCAUCCCAAAUUGUGUCAGGAUUGUGUCUAUACCUUUUAUUAAUUUUAGUGGAAAAAUGGUAAAGACAUCCCCAUUAAAAGUCAUAUCAUUCACACUCUUCGAUCAAUUGAUUUCUUUAUCAAUUUUAAAACAUUACAAUUUUUUUUAUAUAAAAUAUACUUUUAAUUUUUUAUCUUUUAAUAUGUUGUGAAGAUUGGAAAAAAAUAAUAUUUUAAAAUUGUUAUUUUAUCUCACUUUACUACUACGUUUUUUAUUUAAAGUAUUUUUUUAUUAUUUUUCCCUGUUGUGUCUUCUUGUGUGUUUUGUUUGUUUGUUUAUUUGUGUCUGACUGCUUGUUUUCUAAUUAUUAGGCAUUGCCUAUUAUUGUUAUUGCUUUAAUCUUUGUUGAGAGAAAAGUAAUUAGGAAAAUAUAUUUUCAAUAUUGCUAUUAAGUUUCCUCUGGCUUUUUUUCUGUAAAGUUUAUUUUUAGUUCUUAGAUCUCAUUUGAACUUUUUUAUUAUUUGACUGUUCCUGCCUUGUCCUUUUGUGGUUUUCUGCUAUAUUUGUGUUUUUCUUGUUUCAUCUUUAUUAGAAAUAAAAUAAGAAUUUAAAACGAA